AUACAGACUGUCUACAUCUGUCUUCUCAGACGAAUGUAUACUUUUUAUUUGCUUUGUUAUUUCUGUUAGGCAUACAAAUCUAUACUCAUAGAGUUAUAUAGUUUGACCAGAUUGACAACAUCAUGGUGUCCCUGUCCGGAAACUCUGGGUAUCCCCACGAUGUCCUCACUGUGUUGUUGUGUCUGCUGACAGUAUCCCAGGCAUAUGUUAAUGUCGCGCUCAACAAACCAGCAUACCAACAGUACCAAUACCAGCCAGGUGACGACUCACAUAACGCCAGUAACGCUGUAGACGGACGUAAAUCAGACCUGAGUGAUAGGGGAGGUCAAUGUGCUAUAUCACAUUGGAGACAAACCGCCACCUGGUGGGUGAACCUGAUCACCAUCCACAGCAUCCAUCACAUCACCAUCUACUUCAGGACGGACAGCGAUGGGGUACCAUGGGGUCCUUAUAAUAGCUUUCUUGGAUUCUCUGUGUACGUCUCCAACACAACAGACAGACUACAGGGAACACUGUGUUACAAGGACGACAACUUUACACGAGACACCAUACCUGCUGUCUUCACCACCACCUGUCCUGUACAUGGACAGUACGUCAUCUACUAUAACGAGAGACUACCAGGAGUUACCUACCCUGACGGUUACUCUGACAGUGUUGCCAAUGACCUCUGUGAAGUGGAGGUGUAUGGAUGUCCCGCUACCGGAUAUUUUGGGUCCAACUGUUCUGUUCCCUGUUCAGACGUUAACUGUCAGUACUGUCACAUAGAGACGGGCACCUGUCAGGGCUGUAAACCUGGGUACAAAGGUCACCGAUGUGAAAUGGUUUGUGAAGGAGGAACGUAUGGUGCUGGCUGCAAAGUAGCAUGUGGAAACUGCCGUGACGUUAACCAGUGCUCCAUCAACAAUGGGACUUGUUUAACUGGAUGUGAUGUUGGUUUUAAAGGAGACUUGUGUAAAACUGCAUGUGACAGAGGGUCGUAUGGUUACGACUGCAAUGAAAUCUGUGGACACUGUCGUGACGUAAACCGGUGUUCUAUGAUAGGGACAUGUUUGACUGGAUGUGAUGCUGGAUAUCAAGGGGACUUGUGUAAAACAUCAUGUGACAGAGGGUCGUAUGGUUACGACUGCAAUGAAAUCUGUGGACACUGUCGUGACGUAAACCGGUGUUCUAUGAUAGGGACAUGUUUGACUGGAUGUGAUGCUGGAUAUCAAGGGGACUUGUGUAAAACAUCAUGUGACAGUGGGUCAUAUGGCUACGACUGCAAAGAAACCUGUGGACACUGUCGUGACGUAAACAAGUGUUCUAUUAUCAAUGGGACAUGUUUGACAGGAUGUGUUGCUGACUAUCAAGGGAACUUGUGUAAAACUCUUUGCCCCGUUGGAUAUUUUGGACAAGACUGUUCAGAGACAUGUAUCAACAGUUACACAUGUGAUGGCUGUAACGAUGUCAGUGGUUCAUGUGAUUAUGGCUGCCGUCCUGGCUGGAUUGGAUACUUCUGUCAAAAAAGUAUUUUUUUUUCAAACACAUUUUCAUUUAAUUUUGAAAUGUAAGCUUUGAAAACUGUCAAUUUUCAUCCAAACGUCCUUUAAAGAAAAGUUUAAAACAUGAUUUCGUACAAGGGGAUAUU